UGGACCGCCAUUUUGACAACUGUCAAACUGUCACAAAGAGUUAACCUUAAAUCAUGUUCAAUGUAGUGAGUGAUGUUUAUUUAUAAUUAUAACAAAAUCAGACAAAUAUUAUAGAAAUGACGACUGAAACUGGUGUCAUCGCAUACUCACAGCCUGAUAGAAAACGAAUACUACCUCGUGAUCAAUUCGAGGCUAUCGCAAAAUUUCCAAAAGAAUUAUCUGAAAAAUUUCAACCACUUUAUUGCGGACUUUGCGAAGUGAGGGGAUCUUCUAAUAAAAGCAUUUUUGCUCAUUACAACUCCAAACAACACAAGAAAAAAGUAAAUAGAUAUUUAGAAGAAUGGUCGCUAAAAACUGGAGAACCGAUGCCGAAGAAAUUAUGCGUGAACCAGAAUGAUGACGGAGUAAAAUUGCAUUGUGAGGCUUGCGAUCUUGUACUAACAUCGAAACAACAUGCUCAACAGCAUUAUAUGGGCAAACAACAUCAAAAGGUGAUAGCUGGCAAACGUGAACCGACAGGGUUUGGGCAUUACGAUAAAGAUGGAAAAUGGGUAAGAAUGGAAUCCGCCCCAGACAAAACAGGCAGAUUUGGUAUCGGAACAGGCUUCUUGCCACAAAAUAAUCCUGUGACACAACCCGUGGCUGUAAAUCAUCCUGUAGUGGCACCCCAAAUUUAUCAUCCUGGAGUUACGGCACCAAUGAUUCCUCCUGUGGUGACUCCACCAGAAAUUUCUGUUAAUUCGUUAUGUGCAACUGCUUCGAAGCUCUUGGAGAAAGCUGAGGAAUUGAAUACGAACAGGGUGUCAACGUUACAGGAAAU